CACAGCUGCAGCAAAUUCGACUUGCUUCUUCUCUUCUCUCCCUCCCUCCACAAUCUUUCGCUUCUCGUCUAAAUUUCCUCUUGUUGUUAGUUUUCUCCGUCUUCUGAGUUUUGUAACAGUGGAUUAAUAAAGAUUUGGUACUAUGUCGGCAACGGGUUCUCACACCAACAAGACGUCGCAGAAAAAGGAUCGUCCUCAAAUAAUUAAAUUGAAUAAAGCUUUGGAACUGGCUAAAAAAUGGGUUAAUGACAUGACUGAACCAGCAGAAGAUGAGCAUUUUGAAAUACAGAGUCGACCUGCUAGGCUUGGACUAGGUGCUAAAGUUCCCCGGCCAUCCAAAUUUGUACCUUCAGAUGAUCCCCUUGAAAGGAAAUUACACUACAAAUUGGAUGCUGGAAGAAGAGCUGCUGCCAAAUUUGCCGAGGAGUCCGCCGCCGCAUCCGCUGCUAGCGAUGAUGACGACGAUGAAGAUUUAGACAGCAGAACCAAAGCGUUUGAGAAGAAAAGACCUGCAGCUCCGGUGACACCAUCGUUAGGGGGAAAGAAAAGGAAGAAAGUUAACCAUAACACCCUUGUCAGAAGUUAAUUUUAGAGAUUGGGUUCUGUUGUUCUGGUAACUUCGUACAAUUUCUUUAUCUGUAAUUAUAGAUGUUCAGUCAAGAAAUCAAAGCUUGUGGA